AUGUUAGCAUUCAGUUUAUUUCAGGGUGGACAAGAACAUCUGUGUAAAAACCUUGCUCAAUUACGAGAUCGCGAGAGCAUGCUUUCUAAUUGCUUGCAAAUAUGCAGUGACUUGAAGGUUAUGACUGAAGAUGGUCGAAAAGUAUUGAAUGAUUCAGAGGCUCUUGUACCAUCUUAUCAAGCCAUGCUGGAUGUGUUGACUGUUCAUAUUGAGAAAGCUGAAAAUCUACUCAGUCGUUUUUCCUUACAGUCUCAGAAUUCAGUUGUCCGGCAGUUGCAAGAGUUUUGUGAUGAUGCCAAGAAUGUACGAACCGAAGCAGUGCGUCGAAUAGAAUUAUGGGACCAAUUUGUCAGUGAAUGCAAUCUGUCAUGGAAGCAGCUGGAUGAUGUCCGUAGACCCUUGGAGAAAAUUGAAAAACAUGGAUUGAGGAAUUUCGAUAAAAUGCUUGAAGAUUUAGAGAACUUAAAGGUUCUCUUUCUGAGAUGCUCAUUCCUCACAAAUUUGCCAUCGCAACUGCUGUCGCUAAGUUCACAGCUUUAUCCUGUGACUAAGGUUUAUCGCGAAGCAAAAGCAGUGAAGGAAAAUGUUGAAGAAAUUGAAAAAAGAAUUGAGAACUUACUGGAUUCAAUGUCGGCUGAAUUCCGAGUGAGAGAAGAAAUUGUGCGCUCAUUACUCGUAAUAUCAGAUGAACUAAUCAGUACUGAUAAUUUAUUGACUCAUGGUAGUAUAUCACCUUGUAAACAUGAGGAAAUGCAGUUACAACUUGAUGCCAUUCGAGCACAUUUAACGAUGCUUGAUGAAGAUAUUGAUAAAUACAACAGUAAUCGGAUAUAUCUGAAUGGAGAAGAAGAUAUUUCCACAAAGCAUAAUUUUGAACGUUUAAGCGAAGUUGAAGAGACUUUGAAACGUGUGAAAUUCGAUGAUAGAGUAGAAGAAGGGCACCUUAUUAAUGAAGCCGUAGAGGUUCUAACUGUAGAACGACCAGAUGAACAUCCUGGGAAUGUUUCCAAUAUGCAGACAAUCGGGGAUGAAUAUGAUUUGUAUGAUUUGAGCUCCAGUUCCAUUGCUAGUGAAGACGAUGAAAGCAGCAAUUUCCAAACACCGCCUAAUGAAGUGCGGUUUCUUGUUAACGAAAGAGAAAGCGAAACCAAUGCGCCAUCCGCCAAUCUUGGUUUAUCACCAGUACCUGAAGACCCGAAUCCAAGGCAAUAUGAACGUCAGCGUAUUCGAUGGAGACGUAUAUUGCGAACCGCACUCCCUCUCCAGGUUUGAUU